AUGGCAUCUGUCACAUCUAUUGUUAAGGUAGCUGAUUUCAUAUUAUCUAGACCGACAUUGUCGAAGGUAGUCGUCCCAAUUGCCAAGACGUUUGUCUCCUACGCAGGCUACAGGGAAAUGGGUUUGAAGUUCGACGAUUUAAUCAGUGAAGAAUCUCCCAUCAUGCAAAAGGCUAUCUCAAGACUUCCGGAAGAUGAGAUCUAUGCAAGGAACUUUAGAUUCAUUACAGCUCAUCAAUGCUCAUUAUCCCAUCAUUUGUUACCAGCAAAUAAAGCUGUGAAACCUGAAGAAGAUAAGCAUUAUUUAAUUCCUUAUAUUUUAGAGGCAGAGAAAGAAGCCUUUGAAAAGGCGGAGUUGGAUAAUAUUAAGGUAUGA